GUAGAGAAAGUAUGUACUCCAAAUUAGGUAUAAUGGCCAGCAUCUGUUGUCCUUUGGUCAUCAUCCUCAUUCUGAUCGGUGGUGUUGGUUUUGCCCAAAGUGAUGCAAGCAAGAAUGAAAGCAGUCCUGUAUUCUACCUUAAUUCAAGUGUCCCUUUAACAUGGUACAACAACGACUCAAUCAAGAUCAGGACUCCUGCUGAUGGAUCAAAAGUGAGAGUGGUCCUCUUGAGACAGCAGUCCAUUAGUUUUGUGUGUGGAUUCUACUGUGUUGGAGCCUGCAACUCCUACUUGUUCUCCAUUGUUGCAGUUGGUGGUGGCAAUUCAAGUGUGGUCUGGUCAGCAAAUAGGGACUAUCCGGUAAAAGAAAACGCGACACUGCAAUUGACCGUAGAUGGAGGGUUGGUGCUACAAGAUUCGGAUGGCGCCCAGGUGUGGUCAACCAAUGGGUCUGGUAACUCCAUUCUUGGAAUGAAUCUUACAGAAGCAGGGAACCUGGUUCUCCUAGGCAACAAAGGAGCCAUAGUUUGGCAGUCUUUCGAUCACCCUUCCGAUGUGUUGCUCGUCAGGCAGCGCUUAAACGAGGGUCAAAAACUGAUUGCAAGCUCCUCCGGUGACAUUUGGAACCAGGGACAAUACUAUGCCACCCUGACUUCAGAUGCUGGCUUUGCUGUUUUUAUUGAUGCAGAUCAGGCUAAACCAUUGAUGUAUUAUAAGUUGGUGCCAGACAACAGGUCAAGCAACAGUACUGGAUUAAAUUAUGCAGAGCUUCAACAACAUGGAUUCCUAGUGAACCUGGGAACAUCCCAAGUAACAUCUGGAAGGAAUUCAUAUGAAUAUUCCGCUCAAUCCGACGUCAAAUAUAUGAGACUCGAUUUUGAUGGGCAUCUAAGAAUAUAUCAGCACAGCGACACAACAGGAUUGAGGGUGAUUGUUGAUUUGAUCACAGAAGAUCUGGGUGACUGCCAGUAUCCUCUCAUAUGUAGGGAAUAUGGUGUAUGUAAGGCUGAUCAAUAUUGUAGCUGUCCUGAAGGUGAAGACGGGGUUCAAUAUUUCCAAACAGAUCUUGGUUGCUCUAGAAUUACACCUUUGUCAUGUGAACCUUCACUACAUCAUCUCCUGGAAGUGAAGAAUGCUACCUACUUCAACACUAUUGAUUCAGAUGCCGCAUAUCCAGGAAUCAAGGAUAUGGACAUGUGCAAGCAAGCCUGUCUGCAAAAUUGUUCUUGUGGUGGAGCAUUUUUCAGGUAUGAGAACAAUGUUUCGGACGGGUAUUGUUUUAUGCCAUCUAAAAUCUUGUCCAUAAGAGAAGGGCAUAUACCAAACUACAAUUUCACAUCGGCAACAUUUAUCAAGGUACAGAUUAACUUUGUGGCACCAAGUCUUGUGCCAGCAGCAAAAACUACAAGAGAGAACUUCCCACCAACUCCGUCUUCAGGAGAUGGAGCAAAUAUAGCAGCAAUAGUAGUAGGGGCUAGUAUAGUCCCUCUCAUCACAUUUUGCCUUGUAGUAGUUACAAUCCUGGCGACACUGAGGAGGACUAGCACAGUGGAGGAAGGGGAAGACUAUACUAUCGAUCAAGUUCCAGGAAUGCCUGUGAAGUUUCUGUAUGAAGACCUUCGUGUGGCAACAGAGGAUUUUAAGGAGAGAGUUGGUAGUGGAGGCUUUGGGUCUGUGUUCAAAGGGUUGCUAGCAGAUGGCACUCGGAUUGCAGUGAAGAGGUUGGACAGAAUCGAGCAGGGGAUGAGAGAGUUCUUGGCAGAAGUUAAGACUAUAGGAAGUCUACACCAUUUUAACCUUGUAAGACUGAUUGGAUUCUGUGCAGAAAAAUCGAACAGGCUUUUAGUUUUCGAAUAUAUGUGCAAUGGAUCUUUGGAUAACUGGAUUUUCUAUGGUUGCCAGAGACCUUGUCUAGAUUGGGAAACCCGAAAGAGGAUUAUACUUGACAUAGCCAAAGGGUUGGCUUAUCUUCAUGAAGAAUGCAGACAUAGAAUAGUUCAUCUAGAUAUCAAGCCGCAGAACAUUCUCCUGGAUGAAAACUUCAAUGCUAAGGUCUCUGAUUUUGGGCUGUCUGAACUUAUAGGCAGAGAUGAAAGCCAAGUUUUCACCACAAUGAGAGGAACUCCUGGGUAUCUUGCUCCAGAGUGGAGCCAACCAAAAGUCACUGUGAAAGUUGACAUCUAUAGCUUUGGAAUUGUUCUUCUUGAGAUAGUCACUGGAAGGAGAAAUGUGGAUUGCACCCGGGAAGAAUCUAAUUCACAAAUGCUCAGGGUUCUGCAGAAGAAAGCCGAGGAAGAAAGACUAAUUGAGAUUGUGGAAAAUUUGGAGGAAAUGAAAGAUCAUGGAGAAGUGGUGAGGAUGAUAAGGAUUGGAGCAUGGUGUUUGCAGGAUGAUCCCACAAGAAGGCCUCCUAUGUCUGUGGUUGUGAAGGUUUUAGAGGGAGUGAUGGAGGUGGACUCAAACAUCAUCUACAAGUUCAUCCAUGCAAUGACUUCAACUUCUCCAUCUGAUGAUAAAGUUUGUACAGAACCAGAGGCAUCUGUCCUAUCCAAUCCAAGAUAAAACUCCCUCAACCUCAUCAGGUGAGUGAGUUUGAUUCUGGUUUUUGAGAUAUUUUGUACAUGCCUUCAUCUGUAAUUAUCCUUUUAUAAUGGAGUAUAGUCUUACUCUGAUUAGGUUUUAUACUUUGUGGGAAAGACCUCUCAUCCUUCUCUUGAACUUUACUAUUAUCGAUAUAUACUUUAUGAUCAAAAAAAUAGAAGGGAAAGAACUCUUUUGUGCUUCUA